AUGGCCCUCUCCUUCCAGGAGGCGGAUGGCUGUGCACUGAUAUGGAAAUUCGUCAACAGCGUGCAACAGACUUUCCAGGGCGGCAUGGCCGCUGCCGACGACAGUCUUUCCGACGAUCUGGCUAUGGAGAUGCCCAGCACCAUUAGCCUUCCACCAGCCGAAAUAGGGAACCUCCAGGAAAUUGAGACUAGCAUGCGCAUCAUGAGUCAGACAGUCAAUGGACGAGACGCGCUGGCUAAGUGCAUCAUGGGCGAGGACUACAUUGGCAAGCUGAUUCCUUUGGUCGAGAUGGCCGAAGAUCUCGAGAGCCUAUCAGAUUUGCACCGACUUUGCAACAUCAUGAAGACCGUCAUUCUUCUCAAUGACACCGCCAUAAUAGAACAUGCCGUAUCCGACGAUUGCGUUCUUGGCGUCGUGGGCGCUCUCGAAUACGACCCCGAUUUCCCGAGCCACAAAGCCAACCAUCGCCACUGGCUAGAUAACCAAGGACGAUACAAGGAGGUUGUACCGAUCCAGGACGACCAGAUCAGGAGGAAAAUCCAUCAGACCUACCGACUCCAGUACUUGAAGGACGUUGUACUGGCGCGCAUACUGGACGAUCCGACUUUCUCCGUUCUCAACUCUCUGAUUUUCUUCAAUCAAGUGGAUAUCGUCCAGCAUCUGCAAGGGAACGGGGAAUUCCUUGGUGAACUUUUCGGCAUCUUCAAGAUAACGCAAACAGAUCAGAGACGGAAGAAGGAGGCUGUUCUGUUCAUUCAGCAAUGCUGCGCCAUUGCAAAGAACUUGCAGCCGCCGGCUCGCCAAACUCUUUACAACAACUUCAUCGGUCACGGCCUGCUUCAGGUCAUCAACUUUGGCCUGCGUCACCCUGACGUGAGUGUUCGGGUGGGCGCGACCGACGUCCUCGUAUCCCUAAUAGACCACGAUCCGCACAUGAUUCGAGGCACUAUUUAUCGACAACUCCAUGAAAGGCAACCGCCCUUGACAGAUUCGCUCAUUGAUCUGCUUUUGGUAGAAGUCGAUCUUGGCGUCAAGGCACAGAUUUCGGAUGCCUUGAAGGUCCUUCUUGACCAGGGCCCUCCGCUUCAGUCGCAGGAGGCUUUCGCAAAAGCCAACGGAGAGUUCCCAGGCCGACGGCCUCAGGCAAUGCAGGAUCCUCAGCACUCAAAUCUCCUUGACAACUUCUACGCUUCAUCAGCAAUACGGCUCUUCAGGCCCCUCACCGACCUCCGAGGCCGCACCAACAUGGCUUUCCCCUUGCAACAAGCGUCAAUGUUCACAUAUCUCAUUGAAAUACUUUGCUUCUUCAUCAGGCAACACCAUGCGAAAUGCAGACCCUUCGUUCACCAACAAGAUCUACUCCGGCGAAUUGCUCAGCUAUUUGCCUGCCCGGAGAAAUAUCUCCGACUAGUUGCCAUUCGCUUCUUCCGUAAUCUAGCAGGAAUGCAAGACGAGUUCUACGACCGGCUCAUCAUGGAACAUGGCAUCUUGGAGCCUUUGCUUGACAUGGUCUCCCAAUCUAUGCAUCGGGACAAUCUCCUCAGCUCCGCCUGUGUCGAGUUUUUCGUGUUCGUUACCGGGCAAGAGCACAGAAAGGCCAUGAACAAGUUCCUCGUCCAAAACUAUCGGGAACGGCUAGUCGACUUGAGUUACAUGGAAACUUUCCGCAACGUUCUAGUGCUUUACGAUCAGACUCAAGGCCACACCGCCGAGUUCUACACAGAAUCAGAAGAGGAUCUGGCAAGACGGACGGCUGCCAACACCAACCAGAGGAUGAUGGAACACAUCGCUGUAGAUCAAGCCGAGGAGGAUUACUUCAACACCUCGGAUGACGAAGAUGGACCUGAGAGCAGGGCUUUUGACAAGGUGCAGCCCACAAAUGGCUCACCAGCGUCCACACCAACCUCAAAACCGCUGGUCGAUUAUCCUUCGGAUGAAGAGGUGGACGAAAACGCUGAUCCCGAGGUGCUGCCAACGUCUGGAGAGAAGCAAGACGGAACUGAUGGCGCUUCCGAUACGAGCAGUGAAUCAUCCUCGGUGGCACCGCCAGAACGUCUGUCCGAGAAGAGACGUCGCGAAGAAGAUGACGAUGAUGAGCUUGGGAAGUUGAUGCACAACAAGCGCCGAAACAGUAGUUCUGCAGGGUCGAAUGCGUCAAUGACAUCAAGUAUGGUCAGGAGGAAGAAGACCUUUGCGGACCGGUCAAGCACAGCAGCGCCGAAAAAGAUAGCGAUCAGUAUAUCACCUUCAGUGAAAACUGGUGGGACGGCGAGGUCGGAUGAUGAAUCCUGA